AUGGUGAAUAUAGAAGCCUCUCAAACUAGUAGAGGUCAAGAAUUGGGGAUGAAAGUUGAGAAGGGGAAGGAGAAUGAGAAUGGAAGAAAAACUGUAAAAGGGAAAGAAAGACAAAGGUGUUCAUCUGGAAAAAGGGAUCAUCCUAGCAAGGAUAUUGUGAUGGAUCCAUCUUCAAAUGAUGGAAGAAGGUUCUUUUUCUGUCAAGAGGAACAUGUUAGUAAGCAGAGAGUGGUUGACAUUUUUAAUAUGGAGUAUGAGGAUGUGUUUAAUGUUCAGAAGGAGAAGGUUUUAAGCAUAUCCAUUAUUGAAGUUGUAGAUGGUGUGGAGAAGGAGGCUUUGAUUGAUGAAGGGAAGGAGAGUACAGGGAUAGUAAGGAAGUUGAACAUCAUGCUGAAAAAUGUUGGAGUAGGUUAUUAUGAGAAUACACAAUACUAUCAUAGAGCUAGUAAAGGGUGGAGGGUAUUGGAAAAUGAUCAGAAGAUCAUGGAACUUGAGAAGUGGGCAAAUAGUAACAGAGUGGUUGAUCUAUAUGUGGAACACAAUAAGGCUUAUAUGUUGAACCCUAGUCAAGCUGAGUCAACUUGUGGUAAUGGGGUAACAUCUAAGAGUUCUUCUGAUAAGGAUGAAGUUGACAGUGAAGAGUGCUCACAGGGUGAGUCUUCUAGGUCUGAAUAUUUUUAUGAUAGUGAAUAUGAUAUGGAGAAUUCCCAGUUGUAUGAGAAUGCAGUUGAUGAUGAUUCUAACUUUGUAGGGAAGGGGAAAAGGGUUGAAAGUAACAAACAGAAAGGAGAUCAGAAUGUUAAGGCAAUAGGAAUGGACAAUGACAGUGGUUAA